AUGCCAGGUAUACCAGGAUAUCAAGCAUCUGGAUGGCUUCAUAAUAGCUUCCUGCGCACACGAAUUGAGACUGGGUACGGUGCAGGGUACAUCAGAUCUUUGGACGUACUCGAGUCUUUACAAUGUGCAGAGCUUGAAGUUGGUUUGGAUUCCACUAUAAACUGUAGUGAAACUCUUUCAUUAAUUGGAUCACGGCUUCUGUCAAAUGAUGUAGACUCAAAUGUUUUUAUUUCGGCAACUGGUCUUAACGGUGACUCAUCAAUAAAAGUAACAUUUAAAGCAGGGAACAACUCGAUUGAUUUGGAGACGUACAAAGAGCAUUAUGGCAACUUGUUUGAGAGUUUAAAGCUACCGAUUUUAGAAAAUUCAGACUACGACACGUAUGAUUUAACAAUUUCUCACACGUCAACUGGAAAUUACGUCACGAAGCAACAAACAGUGAAAUUAUAUAAUCCAUCACGUCGUCCAAAUAUUGUGAUUCAAACUGACAAGCUAGUCUAUAAUGUUGAUGAUGAGAUAAAGUUCAGAGCAUUAAUUUUAACUCAAAAUUUAACUCCGUUUAGCUACACGACUAUGGAUGUGAUUAUUAAGGAUUCAAGUGACAAAAUUGUUGCUCAAUUUGACAAUGAACAAAAGUCAAAGUUUGGUGAUUUUACAAAUUCAUUAAAAAUUGCCAAGAAACCGAAUUUAGGAAAAUGGACAAUUGAGGUUGUUGUUGAUGGAGUUGAAAAGACAAAAGUUUUUGAAGUUCGAGACGAUAGCGGUAUCCAUAUGGAGUUGAAUGCCAACAAGUUUGUUGCAUAUUCUACAAGAAUUGUUGAGUUGAGGCUUAACAUAAAAAGUUCAGACAAUUCAUUUUCUGGAAUUGCAAAAGUUUCUGCAUCAGGUCGUCAAACUGGCAAAAAUCGAGAGCUAUUUAAUAAAUUAGUAAAGUCUGUCGAUGUCAAAAGUGGACAAAAUGUAAUUUCUAUAGAUCUGGCAAAUGAUAUGGAUCUAAAUGUACCCAACACUGAUAUUGACAUGAAAUUUGUUGUUGAUGUAAUUGAAAAUCAAACUAAAAAGACAUCAACAGUCACGACCGAUGUAAAAUUAAUGCAUAAAGACAGUCGAGUGUUUGAAAUCAUCAGAGAUCAAAAUUUCCGUCCUGGAUUUGAGUUUCCAAUUAAAAUACGCGUGAAAAACUUUGAUGGAACUUUAGAUCAGUCUUAUGAUAACAUCAUAAUAUCAAUCAAGUCUUUUAGAGAUGACAAUUCUGAACUGCCUCCUGAUAGCUUCAAUAAACAAGUUUAUGAUGGAGAAGUUAAUUUUAAAUUGUCGACAAAUAAAGAAGCUAAAAGAAUUGAAAUGAACUUACAGUUCAGACAGACUGUGUGGACUGAGGAAAUUAAAGCUCUUGCUAGUUUACACGAUGAAUAUAUGCAACUUACAGCAAAUAGCAACAAUAAAAACAUUGGAGAUAUCAUUGACUUCCAAGCAAUGACUUCGGCAUUUGAAAUGGAAACGCUUCAUGUUAUGGUGAUUGGUCCACAUGGAAUCGUUGUGAAUGAAGACUACAGUGAUGCUCAAGGGAAGGACAUCUUCAACUUUUCAUUACCAAUUACUGCAGAUAUGCAGCCUAUUGCAAAUAUUAUUGCUUACUAUAUAAAAGGAGAUGGUGCUAUUAUUUAUGAUGGAUAUGCAUUAGAAACUGGAUCAUCGAUUGAGAACUCGCUCAAAAUUAACACUGCAAUGACAGCAAAACCAAAUGAUGAGCUUGAAAUUCAAAUAAUUUCUGAAAAUGAUGCAAAAGUCUUUCUGGCUGCAACCAGUGGUGACUUGGAUUUAAAUAAGAUUAUAAGCACUAAUAUUCAUAAAAGUAUUAAGUUCAAUGACUUAUCACAAUAUCAAUUUGGACAGUACAAUGCAUUUGUGUUGGAACCACUGACUUCUGAUGAAAAAAAUGAUGAAUUGAUUGAGUCCAAAAAGGACAUUGAAGCUGUGGAUCAGCUAUUUUCAGAUACUUGGUUCUUUGAAGAUGUUGAUGGACAUGAGGAUGUGAUGCUGAAAAAAAGAAUUCCAAAUUCUUCAAAAACUUGGCAUAUUUUUGGAUUUUCAAUGCAUCCAACAAACGGUUUCAGCUUAGCUUCAACAACCCCUAAAAUUACUGUAAAUUCUGAUUUUAUUGCCAAAAUUCAUGGACCAGAACAGAUUAGAAGAGGUGAAAUAGUCAAAAUUGAGUACAAUGCAAUCAACAAUCUCCAGAAGGCAGUUGAUGCAAAUGUGACAGUUACAAUAACAAAUGGGAAAAUUUUAAAUGAAAAGAUCAGAAACAAUUGUUACAGUUUUAAAGAAAGCAGAAGAGGCAGCAGCUCCGAAAAAACAGAUGUCCUCACAAUACCAGCUAAAUCAACAUCUGAAUCUAAAGCCAUUUACAUUCAACCAAAUGAUUUCAAACCUAUCGAAGUGAUUCUUCAAAUUUCAACGCAAGGACAUAGUGAUGUUUUAAGGAAGACCAUUGCUGUUGCCUUAGAUUCGCAAACCUUAACUAAAUCUCAAACAUUUACUAAGAAUAAUGAUGUUCUUAAAAAUGUAAUGAUGUCCUUAGAUAAGACAUUCGCCACUCAAAUGGAACUCGAUGACGACAAAAUUUAUAAAUUUACAGCAUCAAUCAUUAAAUAUAAAUACUUAGAAAAAGUCUCAAAGAACUCAUCUAAAAUUGCAAAUAUUCUUAAAGAAAUGAAGUUAGAAUAUCAAGAAUUACUUCGAAUUCUAAAAAAUCUCACAAAACCAGAUGCAAAAUCAAAUCUCAAGCUAAUUGCUUACAUCGCAGAUGCGCUCCUAGAUGCAAGAGAGAUAAUCACAAUUGACGAAAAAGCCAUCAUCGACUCACUUGAUUAUUUAGCAAGGAAACAAAAUUAUGAUGGAUAUUUUCCAUAUAAUAGUGAUGUAGACUCACGCAGAGAUAUUGGAUCACAAGGUUUUCAAAUUCAAACUCAAACUGCUUUGAUAAUUUUACCAUUUUUAAAGGAUCAACAAUUAAAGACUCAAUAUCAAAGUCUAGUCACAAAAGCAAUAAAAAAACUCACUGAUUCACAAUCAGAAGCAUCAAAUGAUUACGAAAAAGUUAUAAUUGCAAAUGCAUUAUCACAAAAUGGUGAUAGGAAUGUCCUUACUAAAUUCACGUUGAAACACAACUACCAAAUAUCAUCAUUUUUAAAACACAAGCCAAUGUUUGUUGAAAUUGUUUCUUACUUGAUUACAUUAAAGAGUUCCGAUGCAGAUAAUGAACUAAAAUGGUUACUAAAUGAAAUGAACAUGAACAAUGGAUUCUACUCACCAUAUGAUGCAAUAUUAGCUACAAAAGCACUCAUUAAAGCUUCAGACAACAUUGAUUUAAAUAAAAUAAGAUUGAAUGCUAAUAAUGUCUCGCAGACGUUGCCCGAAAGUUUUAAAGUGACUCCAUCUAUUGUGAAAGAUUCAAAUGAUUUAAUAGAAAUGAGCAUCUAUGCGAUUUAUAAAACCAAAAACUCUAAACAAAUUUAUACAAAUUUAGUAGUAAUGGAGAUUGAGUUGCCUAGUGGAUACAGAUAUCAUUCUCAUGAGACCAUGACUCAUAUUAAGACAAAGACAAUUGAUGGAAUGAUCCUUGAUGGUGUUGAGAAUCUUGUUGGAUAUGCUGAUGAGCCUGAUGACUAUCUACAGACCAUUGGUGACUAUUUGAUUAAGUCACUCUACAAAGAGCCACAAGUUCCGUACUUUGAUGAGUUUGGUGCUGAAUUUCAUCAACUUUCAUGCCAGGAAAUCGAAGAGGAACUGAACAUUUUGUUUGACGUGUCCAAGUAUUUUGUGAUGAAGGCAGUAAGGAAUGAAGAAACUAUCAAAAUGCUCAAAAAUCUAAUCAGUGACAUGGCCAAAAUUGGAUAUAAUAACUAUGACUUGAUAUCGAAUGUUGUAGACACAAUAGCUGAUAAUUAUGCAGCACAGAAUCAUGUCUUUAUGAUGAUCGAAGAUUUAGAUGAUGAAAUUAAGGAAGACAUUGAGACAAUUGCUAAAUAUUGUAGGAAUUGGGAUUAUAAAGCUAUUGAAGAGCCUGUAGAAGGUGCAGAUGAUGGAUUGCUCGACAUUUUGAUGGAUAAUGGACAGGAUUUAUUAGAGCUAAUUGGCAUUAAGGCUGCUGAAGGCUUAGAAGUGGAAGAACCACCAGAAUUGUUGGUAUUUAAGGAGAAUGUAGAUCCUGAGGGACUUGAAAAAGAAGCAGAACCAGUUGAGACUCAAGAAUAUGCAGCUUUUGAAGAGUUUGAGGAACCAGAAGAUCCAAACUUCAACAAAACUAUCGACAACUUACUUCCAAUUGUGAUAAACUUAGUAAUUGAGCCAGAAAGUCCAAAGAUUGAUGACAAUCAGCCUAGAAAUGCAGCAACUGAAGAAAUAUUGGACUUUUUGGCUGAAAAUCCAGAAGUUGUUGAACUUUUGCUUGAAGAAAUUAAGCCAGAGAAAGAAAAUGAAGUUGUGGAUCAAGUGGAAUUUUUAGAAAAUGCUGAAGAUGACAAGAAAGUCAUAAAAGCUGAAAAUCUUGAAUUUAAAAAUUUUGAAGAUGAAGUUCAGCUUAAUGACUUUAUGAUGAAGACUCAGUUGGAAACUGACGGCUCAGCUGAAGAUUCUGAAUCUAAAGAUUUGAAUUCCGAAGACUUCAAACUUGAAGAAUCAGAAAGGAAAAACAUAAAUGAGAAAGGAAUCAUUAUGAAGGUUCCGUACCCAGAUGAAGAAGUUGACAAAAUUGACCAAGUAAAUGACAAUGAAGCAGAUGAUGCGGCAAUGGCACCCAAAUAUGUAGAAAAUCCAGGAGUUGUCCAUGAACCUGAAAACUUUAAAAUCAUAUUUCCAAUUAAGAAUGUGAAGAUAGAACCAAUUGAUGACAUUAAUGAUGAAAUUUUUGAAAAAGACUUAGAAAACGAGGAGUUGAUGAUGAUGGAACCUGAAAUUGGUGAAAAUUUGGUUCUCGAGAAUCAAAAAAUUGAGAAAGAAUCAGAUUUAGUUGAAAAAGAAAUUGAUGAAGACUUCAAUUUCAUAAAAGAUUCAGAUCUUAAAUUCGAUGAAGGCUUUAAACUUCAAAAGGAACUAAAUCUAAAAGAAAAUGAUCAAAUUGACGACAAAUUUGCAGAAAAAAAUUAUCAAACUGCUGAAAAUGACAAGAUCUAUUCUGAAUAUUCUGAUGAAGAUUUGUCAACACAGCCACACAAUGAAGACAAACAAGAUGAUUCUAAAGAGUUUGUUGACUUCAAAGCUGAUGAUUUGUACGAAGAAUCUGAAGAUUUUCAAGAAAAAGAUUCAAAUUUUGAGAACUUUUUGAAAAUCCCUGAAAAUUUUUGGGAAGUUCCAUUUGGAUUUUGGCAGAGUUUUCAGAAUUUUAUGCAACGUAUGACAAGUUCAAGCUCUAAGAAGUUUGAUGAAGCUAUUGACACAGAUGAAACUGAUACUUAUGAACAUUUGAAUCAAAAUUCAAGGAUUACUAAAAAUGACAAUUUAGAAGAAUUAAGCAACAUUAAAACAAAUUCAACAAUUUUGUUGAAAAUAGAUGAAAAUGGUUCAGCCAAUGAAGAUUUGGAACUUACUGUUGAUUUGAAUGAUUCUAACAAAGUCAACUUAAAUGAAGAAUUUCCAGAAGACGAAAACUUAGUUUUGUCUGAUAAAACUGCGGAUGAAGCAAUAAAAGUUGAGAUUUUUAAUGACGAAGAAUUGACAAAAAAUGGUGAAAUUUUUAAUCAAAAAAUUGACCAAGAAGAACAAGACACUAAUGAUGAACAAUUUGGAAUUGACGAUGAAAUUGAAUCAGAAAUCAAGAAGAAUCAGGAAAAGUCAAUCAAAGAUUCAACAUUUGAUAAAACUGGUGAUUUAAAAGAUGUAGAAUUUGAAGAAAUCUUCGACAAUAGAAUUCAACAAGAUCAUGAAGAUUCUGAAGAGUUGAUGCCAAUUGACAAUCAAAUUGAUGAAAAUGAAGUUGAUGAAAUUGACAAAGAAUUUAUUGAUGAAGAGUUUGAGGGAGAAGAUAUCGACGAUGAGAUCUUGACUGAGGAAGAAAUCAAUCAAAUAGUCAACAAAAAACCUGAAAUUAACUUUAAAAGAUUUGACGAUGCUGAACUUGAUUUAAACAACAACCCAAAAAUAAGGAAAUCAAUCGCAAAAUCUAAAGAUAAUGAAGAAGAAAAUGAAAGUCAAAUUGACAAAAUUGAAGAAAGAAUGAAGAAAACAAAAGAACAACAAAUUCAAGAAUUUAAAGAAUUAAUGGAGGCAAAUGAGAUAAAGAAGAAUCAGACAAGUUAUGAAUAUUAA